AUGAAGCGCGCUAGGCUGCACCUCAAGCGGUUGGAGGAUCUCGAGGUGGACGACCUGGCGAUCGACAAGGAACGGGUGGUCCUCAGCCUGGGUUUGGAGAUCAUUCCGCUUAUGGGACCUUCCUGCCCAAUAAUGGCAGCAAUUGGAAUUCUAGUGCGCGUCCAAGUUAUGGGCCACAAUUCCCAAGUCAUGGGCCACAAUUCCCUGGAAAUGGCACCCCUCGUGUUGAAGCUGGGAGCAGCGCUGGGAUGA